AUGGCUAAUGCCGACGAAACACAGCUUUCGCGCGAAGACGAAGCCUCGGCUGGCGAGGAGGUGCAGGUGCGGCGCGAGGACCAGGACAAGAUCAAUCGGUUCAGCCGGCUGCACCAGCGCGAGAAGGUGCUGGAGGAGGAGCUGAAGGCGAAACAGAAGGACAAGGAAGAUUUGGAGGAAGUGUCGAAUGAGCUGGAGCUCGUGGAUGAGGAGGACAAGGUGCCGUACAAGGUCGGAGAUUCGUUCAUGGCGCUGCCGCAGCCGGAGGUGCUGGAGCUGCUGACGGACUCGACUGAGAGGAUCGACAAGGAUGUCACCAAGCUGGAAGAGCAGCUGAGCGGGGUGCGCGACGAGAUGGAGGAGCUCAAGGUCGCCCUGUACGCGCGCUUCGGCCGCAGCAUCAACCUCGAGACGUAG